GCCGCCCAAGCCGAGGAGGAGUUGUGGAUCCUUGGUGCUUCCAAACACGGCGACGCUCCGCGCGUAGGCGUACGCAAACUGGCACUGGCGAGGCGAAUACGAGGCUACUGGGAGAGCAUCGCUGGAUUGACAGCCAAGGGCGACCUGGUCAGGAGACGAUCCCGGCACCCUGCCACAAUGAGGAAAUCUGGGCCUCCCCUUAUCCUGCCACCACUGGUGGAAGCGGAGGAGGAGUGGGAGAAUGGCGACUGUGGGAUGGUCCCUCCAGCUGGCUGCGGCUCUCCAUCGAUAAACGCAGACGAUGCAUCACUUGAUCGGGACAUUGCAUUUUUCCAGACUUUCACACCAGAGGCCCUCCUGUCUGCGGUCGAGCGGAUCGUGCAAGAACGCAGGAGGAGAAGUGGACCCCCAGUUGAUCGACGCGAGCCAAGCGACAGCGGACUUGCCAUCUCCUCCCCCUCUUGCCGCUCCACCACCGAUACCAAAGGAAAAUCAACGAUCAGAAGAGGAGGACUUCGCCAACUCAGAAACUCUACCUUUUGAUUUUACAGCUGCGGCAGCAGUGGCUGCAUCCAGCCCGCUGACUGCUCUAAUGGUGGAGGCUGACAACGCGGGGGUCCUGCCAGAAUUGGCAAACGGCGGAGGCUUAAUCUCCCGUUGUGUUAAGCAAGCGAUUCGUGAUAAUUCGCCAACUAGGAUGGCGCCAUCCCCAUCGGGUGCCAGGGAUGAGCCCACGCAAUUUGACGCGCGGCCACCUCCGAAGGCUCUGGCCGACGCGUGCGAGGCCAACUCGGACUUGGAGCCGGCGCAAGAAUUCAAGGGGACGUUUGCCAACAGCGGCGCCGACGAACCGACAUCUGUAGAACAGCAAGCAGCAUCGAAGGGCACCGGCGCUGGCACGCAAAGGCGGGCGGAGAUGCCCGCGCCCUCCGACAUUCUGGACGGCGAACCGAAGCGCGGCGAUGCUGGGCUGCGGGAUGACGCCGGGGCGGCCGAAACCAACGACGCCAAAGACUUGGAGCCCCGCGGGGUUCCCGCUGCUGUCGCUGCCGCCGCUGAGAGCAAGUGGACCGCCGAGGCGGAGGAAUCGCCGCCGGGCCCCUUAGCCCUGGCGAGGAUGUGCGAGAACUUCGAGGGCUGGCUCGCCCGACUCGAGCACCGAGUCUCCGCUCGCGACUCCGUGAAGAGGCUCGAGUUUCCCCAAUGCCGCGACGAGCUCAACGCGUUCGUGGCAGUGCAGCACGAGGUGCAGCAGGGGCUGACGCAUCUCGAGGAGCUCAAGGUGCGGCACCGCCAGCUGCUGUGCUCCCACGACCCGGGCACCGUGGCAAUGCAGCGGCCACGCGUGCAGGCCUGCAACCACCGCUGGGUGGGCCUCAAGAAGGUGGUGGCAACGAUCAUCAAAACCCUGCGGCGCUCUGUGGCUCAGUGGGAGGAGUUCGAGGGGGCGUGCAAGGACCUCAUGGUGUGGCUCACGGAGACGGAUCUGCGGCUCACAAACCUCGAGCACUUUGGCGAGUGCGAAGCGCAGGCCCGGAGCGACCAGCUCAGGGCAUUCCAGGAAGAAUUGGCGAAGAGGCAGAAGACGCUCAACAGCCUGCGGAAGCAGGCCGAGCGACUCGGGGAGGUGGGACCGGCCGGGCACAGGCUGGAGGAGGCCCUCAAGUACUUCACGGAGACCUCGGUCCGCGUCACCCGAUACCUCGGCAGGUCUGCCAACAUCUCCAUGCCACCAGAUUCUGGAGAGGGUGAGGGAAGCCCUCCAGAGACUUCCGGAGCCGCUCAUGUGACGAAACCCAGGACGAGUGUCGAGCCCAAUGGACCAGGUUGCCGCCAAUCUCAAAUUCCCAAACCCGAGCGCAGCUGUCGGCCACGUGAGACCCGCGUGAGCCACCAUCAUCAGCCACCUGCAUCGCCACUGGCGGUAAUUUCCGGCAGCGUCAUUGGCGACACCUCGCUCAGCCCUUUGGGAUUUCGGAACUCGCCGGUGCCGGGACAUCGUAGCCCCGAAGCGGUGACACCGACAGGUGACGUCGCGGGCCGGUGUCGCCGUCUCACCUCCACCCCUGUUGAAGACGCGUCGCGCAAAACCUCGGAGGAGGCCUCCGGAGGAGAACUACUUUACAUGGGACCUGCAGAGCACGACUCUUCAGCAGAACGGCGGCGCGAUUACGAGCCGGCAUCAGGUCGUGAAUCGCUCGCGUCUGACGCGUGGACCGCGUCCGCGAGCAAGGACGGCCAGGAGAGUGGAGCGUCUGUGAGAACUCACGCCGAGCUGUCAUUUGCUCGCGAGUCGCCCUCCAGCCUCGAUUGGUCCCUGAGGCCUGCGCACGCCCGUCAAGGGAGCCCGUCGCUCUCCCUGGAGUGGGACAGCUACGACGUGAGAGUGGCGCCUGGCGGAGAGUUGCAGGGAGAAAACUCUUUGGGACUCGCGCCCACCGAGACAAUGCCGUCGCUGGAGGAGGGCGAUGCUGUGAAUAGCAGAGCGAGCGGCGCAUGCGGACGGGCAGAGAGAAAGGCGUGUAGGAAUGAAGGCAAACGGAUUUGCAAAAGUGCCGUCAGAGACGUCGGUGACGUUGGUGUCUGGAUGGACGGCGCAGAGGCACCCAGUCACGAAAACCACCUGUUCCUGCGGAAGAAGGAGUCCACCCACAUCUCCCAGCUCCGGGAGCAAGGAGCAGACGCCUCGUGCUCACCGAGGGAACCCUCCUUCGAGCGGACCGAGCUCGAUGACGACGACGGCGACGGCGGUGGCGGCGGCGACGUCAACCUGGCCCACCUGCUGGAGAGGGGCGAGGGCCCGUGGCUGGGCCCGCGCAGGCCCUCGCCAUGCGCCGCCAUCUGGUGGAGAGUUCGCUCGGCGCCGUGGCGCUGGAGGGCGUCUGGGUGGCGGUGCCGCUGGGCCGACAUUUGCCGCGCUCUGCGGGCCCUCCGGUCUCUGCCCCGGCUGCUCGUGGUGAUGCUCGCGGCCGCUGGGUUCCUGCUGUGGGCAGGGUGCAUCUCGAUUGGCGGAGUGCCCCGCUUGCCGCCCUCCUAGGAUCGCCACAUCCUGAUGCUGCAAUACAAAAUUUGGAAAUUAAAAAAACCUACCAGGACGCGUAAUGGAAAGACGGAGCGGAAAGAUGUUGCAAAAAACAGAAGAGGACCUCGCUUGUCAAUGCAAGUGAUUAAAAAAACAACCUGGACAUUUUUUGGGACAUCAUGGUGAAAUAUAUGGAAGAAGGUAGAACUGCACGUGAGUGCAUUGUCUUGAGUGGUGUAUUAUUAUGCAGCUGACAACUGGACUCUUACUGUCCUUCCUGGAAGACUGCAGAUUUACAAGGACAGCAGCUACAUCCUCGUCAAGAGGAUGAUCUUGGGAAAACCAGGACACAGAUAGAACCCCCCCCCCCCCCAUCCUGAAAUGGUGAUGUGCAGGGGACUCGAUUAAUGAGAUUUCUCAGGACGCAGAGAGCCCAACUACUAUACUCGUAGCCUCGUUGGAAAACAUUGAAAGCAGAAGGAGCAAAGAGGAAGUGGCGGUGGAAUGACCCAGCUCGCGAGAGGUUGCGCCGACCGAGGGGAAGCGUUGGCACAUCGCUGUCCGUCACCUUCCGAGCAACGAUGGGCGAACGGACGGACAUAGUGCAGCUGACCGACCUGCGUUUGUGAAAUCUUUUUAUACGUGUAUAUAUAUGAUGUAAUUAAAAAUAACAUUUGUUUUGUGUUUUAAUUCACCGUGGCGGUUAUUUAAGGGGGUACUAAAAUAGCAUUGCGCCCGUGCUAGCACAGGUGUGAUGUGGAGCGUGCUGUGAAUAGGCGCCGCGUGCCGUUGAGACCCCAACGCGGCAAUUCCAUUGCGCUGCUCUCCCCUAGCAGGUUAAGGUGCAGCCCCCGCAAGUGCUUUCUCAAACCACCACCGCUGCCUCGGAGAGCCCCUCUCCCGUGUGGAGAACCUCUUUGCCAUCGGCGGUGAGAGCGAGCAAUUGCCGGGCUGCUAGAGAAAGACCCUCUCGGGAGGGUAUUUGACCAAAUCUUCCACCACUGGGCAGCCAUUUUUUUCUGUUUAACAAAUAAACAUUCAUUUCACUUUUUGAAAUGGGUGGGAGUCCCCACGCGUUUACCCCCCCCCCCCCCACUCGUGACCUACCGAUCGAUUCGCGAUGACUUCUGGAUUGAAAGUCCAGUGUGCCGACAUACGGCAGCGUCCAUGUCAUUGCUUUUGAGCGUCCCACUUGGGUAGAAGAGAAAAAAAUGUUGCGUGAAUUUUGCUCGUCGACAGCACACUGUGCCCAUUAGCAUCAGACCACAGCCGGGUGCAACAACACAACCCUAUCUCGGGUCGACUUGUACCUUAGGGGAUUAAAGUCUGGACACAGGAUCGCACUCAGCAAUCAAAAGCCUUGCCAUGCCCAUGUUUUUUUACUGGCUUAACACAAAUCCAGUAUACAGUGUGCGUGUGUGAAGUAAACAUCAAGGGUGAGAGGCACAUUUUAACCCAUUUUUAAAAAUAAAUGUAUAACUUUUAUUUUGCAAAUGAGCCGAGGCAAAAACAGCUCCGUGAAAAAAAAUGUGAGCCUGUUUCUGCAUCGUUGAUGAGUGCUCUUGCGUGCUGAACAAUGUAUGUCUUCUCCGACAUGACAAUUGUGCUGUCUGCGGCAUUGUCUUGAGAAUAGUACCCUCUUGCACCACUCUGUGACUGAGGAUGUUCCCGGAAGACCACGUCACAGAACUACAGUACUUCAUAAGUUUCCAUAUGCCAGCAAAACUCCAUUAGGUGUCUCCACAUUCAACUAUAUCUUUUUUACUUGUGGGUCAUCGCGUUUGUUUUUCCAGAUCAAUAUUGUGCAGCAAGAAAAUUGUUUGUUGAAACAAUCUCUGGACCGGUCUAACGUGUCAGGGUUUAAUCAGCAUUUGCUGCUGGGUUACCAGAUGUAAUUGGCAAGAGCACUCCAUCUAACCUAUGGUGGUCUGUUCAAUAAAAAAAACGCGUGUGUGUGUGUCCUUAUGAAAUCCGCUCACUGAAGCCCCAUCAAUUGGGCCUCUAUCCACAAGAGGCACACGUUUUAUACUACCCUGUAAUUUAGUGAUUGUUAUAAUGUCCAAAAGAAAUAGUUUUAAGCAUCAAUGCUGGAAUUUAGCCAAGUUAAUUUUUUUUAAAUGUAUGUAAUGCAGCACGGGGUAUUUUUUUCCCAUACGCUUGUGACCUAAUUAUUUGGUUAUAUUUUAUUGUCGUUUGUGACCGGGCUGCGGCCAUCACUGUAUAAAUGCACUUGAGAAGGCAUUUUAAUGAGUGGCUGAAUCCCAAAGAUGCCAGCCAGAAUCUUGGCGAUGCUGGCUCGCUCCUCUGACACUUGGUCACAGUGUUAACAACAGCAACAACAACAAGUCUACGAAUGUUUUUCAACCCCAAAAAGCCCUGACACCUGUGCCCACACGAGUCAGCUAAAUUCAGUGCAUCCUGACCCCGUUGGCUUGAGCGCUUCCGUCUUUGUUUUAUAAAUGGGUUUUACGUUGCGCCGUUAUUAUGUAAUAUCUUAGUGUUUUUUUUAAUAUGUAACGUAUGGCGAGUUUUAAAUUGAUGUUGAAGAAAUUAACAACCUGAUUUUAGUUCACGGAUAUUGUGUCGUACAUGGCAGAGGAAUUGAAAAGUGCCCGAAGGCCACACGUCCAACUGCGAUUGCGACUACUACUUGACAUUUGACGGGUUUUUUUGUAAAGUAAAUGUGAUGUGGGAAAAGUUCAAAUAAAUUCGUUAUUUUUGUCAAUGCAUUUUAA